AUGAAAGACUUUCUGGUAACCAGUGGAGAAAGCCCGGCAGAUUCUAGCCUAGAGGCGAUCAAACCGACUUCAGCGUCACUUGUUCUCAAUGGUGGUCUGCCUUUUUCGUCUCUAGGCCUACAGCCGACAGAACGUCUGGUUCACGUGGAAGUCUGUUUACAACCGUUCUGCGUCGAAAGUUCUUCCGUAGUCGAAUCACAUGUUGUUCAGUUCAUUCGAGAACUUGGCCCUCGGCAAAUACCCACAAUGUUAAACAAUUGUGAAAAUUUCUGUUCCAUGGUCACUUCGCAAGCCAUCGAUCCACAAACCAUCGAGUGUUUACAGACUUGUGUGAACAACAUCAACAUUCUGCUAAAUGAGUCUGAUGUCAAAGACGGAUUCGACGCUAGCCGAUCAGUCGAUUUGCGUACAGCUACCCUAGUCGUGCAUGUGUUCCAAAUGGUCACGGGUGACGAGGCAUUACCGGUACAGGAAAUAUUGGAAUUCGGAUCGGAAACAGUGAACGCGGGUACCGUUUGGUUGCUUCCCUCGAUGGCAAUGCACGGUUUGUGGGAGUCACUGAUCUUCGACACGGACAUCAAAUCCGAUUUGUUGGAAUAUGCUCAAACAGCAUUGCUAUUUGCCGAAAAACAGAUCGCGGCCUCAAUCAUUGCGUGGAAUCGAGUUGUUCUGUUGUACGGACCACCCGGGACUGGUAAAACUUCGCUCUGUCACGCCUUGGCCAACAAGCUGGCUAUCCUCGCUCGCAUGUUUGACGCGAUCAAAGAGUACUUGGAUUCGUCUGAUCAUUUGGUCUGUCUUCUGGUGGAUGAAGUCGAAAGCCUGACUGCAAUGCGCAAUACCGCCAUGUCCGGUGUCGAGCCCAGUGAUGCUAUUCGUGUUGUGAAUGCUGUACUGACGCAGAUCGAUCAGAUCAAACGCUUCCCGAAUGUUCUAAUUCUGGCCACAUCGAAUGUCACCGGAGUGAUUGAUCCUGCAUUCCUGGAUCGUGCGGAUGUCCGUCUGUACAUCGGUCCUCCAUCUGCUCCAGCAAUUUACACAAUCUAUCGCUCAUGUCUAGCCGAACUAAUUCGUGUAGGCCUGAUUCAGGAUGAGAAUAACCUCCUCAGCUAUCAGGCAUUGGCCACGAUGCAAUUCACUGAGAACAAAAUCAAUGCGACGAGCAUUUACCUAUGGAAGUUAGCUCAACGAAGUGUUGGUCUGAACGGACGAACACUUCGUAAAUUGCCACUUUUGGCGCAUGCGUUUCACUUGAAGAAAGUUAGUCCUCGGACACAUUCUUCAUCUUUUGGCGCUCGUGUCCAUUCAGCUUCAACCGAACAGCGCACUGAUCGGUCACCUUUGAAGUCAAUAUCUCCGGAGAAUACUACGCAGUUAACCCCUAAUGGUCACGUGUCUCUUCAAACGUUUAUGCAAGCCCUUCUUCGUGCAGUUGAUGCCCAGUUUGCUGACAUGAAAUCACUGGAGAAAGCUUCUAAUCUCACUCGGUUACUUGAACAUCAUGCGAUGAAGAGCUAG